AUGCAGCAAUUGGCACACACAGCGGGCGCGGCCGCGACAAGGAGAACGGGCGCUACAGGCGCUCUCCACCGCGGCGACGGCGGCCCCGAGAGGCCUCGACGAGCGACGAUGAAGGAGGAGGAGGAGGAGGCCAGGGCGACGAAGAAGACUUCGCAGCAGCGCGAGGACGAGAAGCGUCGAACCGCGGAAAGAAGAGUCGACCGAGAUCAGGCCUCCCGGCAAUCGCCGCCAGGCAAUCAGGCGAGGGCGGCGGCGAAGGGCAAGGGGCCGUCGCGCCGCGCGGACCCCGCUAACGGAAUCGGCGGCGGAGCGAGCCCCGAGAAGGCCGGGAAUAACUGCCGCCCCGCUGAGAACGGGGGCGGCGGCGGCGGAAGCUCGAGGAACGGUAGAGGGGCGGAGAGUGCCGACACCGUCGGCGGCGGCGGUAGGAAGGGCGGGGAGCGGGGGCGGAAGAUGUCUGUCGACAGCAACAACAGCACUGGCGGCGGCGGCGUCGGCGGUGGCAGGGAGCGUAAGGCGCUCGCUGCGGCGGAAGGCGGCUACGCCCCUGCGGACGGCAAGGGCCGAUCGUGGAGCGGUAAGGUCGACAGGGCGGUAGCGCCGCCGCCCGGUCGCGACGGGAGCAGCACGAUGCCGCCCGCCAAGCCCAAGGAGAAGCGGAGGGACGAGAACAGGGCAGCCGGCGAGGGCGGUGGCAAGGGGAAGUCGGCGAGCGGCGGCGGCGGUGGCCGGAGCGGGGCCGACGUGAUGGACGAUGACGACGACGAGGACGAUGUGUUCGAGAUGAAGAAGGUCGUGGCGAAGAAGAAGAAGAAGAAGCGGCUAGUAGACGACACGUUUGACGCCAGCGCCAGUCUGUCUCCCUCCCGCCGGGUUAACGGGUUCUUGAGCCCGGCGCGCCGCAACAACAAGCAGGCCGGCGUCGACGUCGGCGGAGGCGCGGGGGGAGCAGGGGAAAAGGACGGUGCAGGGGCGAAGGCGCCGGUGGUGAAGGAGGUUAAGCUGACGGCGGAGGAAGAGGAGCUGAUGAAGGGGCUGAGAAAGUAUCUUCGGGAGCACCACAUCAAAAAUGUCCAACUGAAACUCGUGGGCUGGAAGCCCGUGGUGCGGAAAGGCUCCAAGUACCACCAGCACACGUACCUCAACCCAGAUGGGCAGGAGUUCAAGACGAAGGGAGAGGUCCUGGCGGUAUUUCGGGCCGCAGGAGAUUUCAACCAGGAGCGGCAGACGUCAAGCAGGGAGGAUGCGGUGGAGCAAGCCCGGAUUCUCUUCGAGGGCAAAGGCACAAAGCUGCUCGGAAAACGAGAGCCGGGGGCGGCACCCCUCCCAGUGACCGACAUCCUGCUGGAGAACCUGGGGAGGGUGGACACGAGGUUCGGGUUCCACAGCUCCAAGACCAUAUUCCCUCCAGGUUACCGAGCUAUCCGCAUGGUCAUGGACGGGCGCACCCUGCGCGCCAUCAAGGCGCGGUGCUCGAUCUACGUGGAGAACGACGCCCCAGCCUUCAGGAUCGAGUUGGACAAAAGCAGCAUUCCUCCGGGCAAGACCACCACCUUCGAGGCGACCACCCAGAAGGAGUGCUUCAACCAGGUCUUCAAGGCACUCGACACGGCGGGCAACAGGGCCAAGGCCAAGAUGAGGGCCGCGGACAAGCAUGGCCGGGGAGGGCGCAAGAAGGACCGCGACGGCGGCGGCGGCGGUGAUCACGGUGGGGACGACCGCGGCACGUCCGGCCGCAAGCGCAAGAAGAGCUCGUCCGGAGGGUCAUCCAAGGUGAAGGUUAGGCGGGAGUCUGCUGCGGAGGGGCGGGAGAACGGCGCGGCGGGGGCCGGGGGGGCGGUCGCGAACGGAGGCGGGGCGGCGGCAUCGUCGCAUAAGGCCAAGCAGCCGACGACGCCACGACGACGAGCGGAGAGGGUCGCGAAGAAGGAUCCCUUGAAGGAGAAGCGGGUGCAGCUCCAGCCCGCCGUGGCUAAGGAGGUGCAGAGCUUCAUCACCGCCAAGCGAAAAGAGGCGCGCGGGAUGGUACUCGGAAGGUUUGACGCCGAGCAGAGAGGCCUCAUGACAGACUCCGGGGCGGUAGAAGACUCCCUCCUCGAAGGCUUCGACAAACCGUGGCCACGCCCACGGUACGCCGGCGCGGCCGCCGCUGGGCCGGUCGAGAAGGACGGUGGCGCCCCAGGCGUCGUCGGGGAAGAACGGCGGUCCCCCUCUGAGGGUUCGUCGUCGCCGGCAGCGGCAGCGUCAGCGGAGGCCGCGGCUAAGCAGCGGUUUGUGCUUCCGGAGGGCGUCCUCCUUAAGCACGCCGUGCAGGAGGUGGAGGAGGAGGAGGAGGAGGAGGAGGAGGCGGAAGAGGGUGGUGAUAGCGAUGAUGGUGACAGCGAUGGCGACGACAAGGCGGAGGGUUCGGGUAGCAGCGUGGCGGGCGGCGGGGACGGUGACGAUGAGGAGGAAUCGGACGAUGCGGAGCCCCCCGGUGCCGCUCUCACCGGGGGUAACGGGGGUGAUGGUGAUGGGGACGGUUCUCCCAUGGACGUGCUGGAGGAAGAGGAAGGGGGUGGUGGCGCGGAACCGGCCGCUGGUGUGGACCCCAUGGAGGUGGAGGAGGAGGAGGAGGAAGAGGAAGUGGAGGAGGGGGAAGAGGAAGAGGAAGUGGAGGAGGAGGAAGAGGAAGAGGAAGUGGAGGAGGAGGAAGAUGAGGAGAACGACGAGGCGGUGUUGCGGCGGCGGCUGCACGGGCUUGCGGAGGACGAAGGCAAGCCGGAGGCUGUCCGCAGGUGCGCGGUGGUGCUGCGCGAGAUCGCCAGGCACCGGCUGGGCGGGGUCUUCCUGUUUCCCAUGGACAGGAUGCAGUCCCCCGAGUACUACGCCGUCAUCGAAGAGCCGAUCACGGUGCUGUCGCUGCUGGACUUUCUCGAGGGCUGGUCGUGCGGGGGCACCGCGGAAGCAUCAGAGGGGGGGGAGUCCACGGCCGAGGCGGAGGCUGGGCUCGUGGAUGAGUUCACCAUCUCGGUGCGCAGGAUGUGGGAGAACUGCUGGAGCUACAACCACGAGGGCACGAAGGCAUGGCUGGCGGCCGUCCGCCUGUCGUCGGUGUUUGAGCGCCUCCUCCGCGAGUGGAUCCUCCGGGCCACCCCGGCGCCCCCGGGACUCCCUCAGCUCCUCGGGAGCGAGGCUCGCCCUUGCUCCGCCUGUGGGGCCGUCGAAGACCCGUCCACAGCAGCAGAAGCAGCAGCAGCAGCAACACCGGACGUUCCGCUCGGAGACACCGGCAUCAGCGGCGCUCCUACCACGAGCGGAAACGCUAGCCCUCCGGCGGCGGCGACAGCCGCCUCCGCCGCCGCUCUCGUGGCUACCGGCGAGGCCGCCGCACCGGCGACGGUAGUGUGCGACUUCUGCGACGCCACGUACCACCUGGGUUGCCUCCAUCCCCCCCUCGCGCAGGUCCCGCGCGGGGAGUGGUUCUGCCCGGCGUGCGUCUGUCCGGGCACCGCCGCCGCCGGCGGGGGCGGGUGGGGCCAGGCGACGGGGGCGACUCUCGUCCGCCGGCCCCCCGAGGGAGGGUUCGGCUGCCGGUCUCGGUGGUCGGGAACCUCUGCCGGAGGCAACAAGAGCGGGGCAGCAGCAGCAAGGGCGCUGGCGAACGGUGCUGGGGGGGCAGCCGCAGAUGGGAGCAGCAGCGGCUACGCUGGCGGCGGGGCGGGGGCGGUUGGGACGGCGGCGGCGGGGGUGGAACCUCCUCUGCUGUGCGGGUCCGGUAGCGGAGGGUCUCUGGAGAAGGACGGCCAAGCAAGGGAGGGCACCGUGGAGAGCGGCAGCGGGGUUGUGGGGGGUAUGGGGGAGUGGGGGCCGUCGGAGGGGGUGCCGAAGGCGCUGGACUGGUCUCUGAGCCGACGAGCCCGGGAGUGCCUCGAGAGCGAGGACAAUGCGCGCGUCCUGCACGACGCCCUGCGCAUCCUUGGCCGGAGGGAGGGCGGGUGGCUGCCGUCGCCGACAGGGUGCUGGUCACCCGGGGAGUGGGUCGCGGUGCUGGCGGCGCUUGUGGCCAUGGCGGUGGAGACGCACACCCUGAACCACUUCUUCUCGGACGCGGAGCAGCGGUGCGAGAACUUGAGGAAGAAGGCCGUGUCGGGGACGAAGAUGAGCACCAGGUCUUUCCAGGGGAUGCUUCUGAGCGUGGGGGGCAACGGUGCGGUGGAGUUCUGGCAGCGGCUGAUGAAGAGUGUAGACGGCGAGAUGGACGCGGUUAAGAACUGCGCCGACGAGGACGAUGAUGAGGAGGACGAUGACUUCGGCAAGACCCCCGGCGUGUGCAUCGUUUGCUGGUGUCCCACCGCCCACAUCGACGCAAGCCAGAUACUCAUGUGCGACGGGUGCCAGGGCGAGGUCCACCUCAAGAAGUCGUGCUCGGGGUUCCGCCGCAAGCCGUCCGACGACACUCCGUUCUUCUGCGGCGGUUGCACGGCACGAAGAGACCGGCAGGCCCGGGUGGAGGCGGCGGCGGCGGCGGCGGCGGCGGCGGCGGCGGAGGCAGAGGGGGGGGGAGACGGCGGUAAGGAGGAAGCCGCGGGUGUCAAGGACGAGGUCAAGGAAGGCGUAGGGGACAAGGCUCCUGCGGCGGCUGCUGCGCCGGCUGCUGCGCCGGCUGCUGCGCCGGCGAAGAAGAUGGAGUUCUGCGAGGAACCGGAAGACGAGCAAAGGAGAAAGAAGAAAGAGGCCGCGCUUAAGGGGGGAGCGAAUCUUGGACUCCAAAAAUUCGGGCCAAAAAGAGAAGGACCCGGGCCAGGAAACCCCCCGGGGCGAACCCAGUGGGAACCCCACCGCGGGGAAGGGGGAGGGGGGCGCCCCCGCUACCCGGGGGGGUGGGACCAAACGCAACAAGCGGGGUGGGAACUCCCUGGGAAGCCGCCCCCAAGGCAUCAGCCCAAGGAACCCCCCGGGGGCAACCCAAGUGGGCCCCCGACGGCGGGGAGGGGGGAGGUGGCGGCGCCGGCUACCGGCGGGGCUGGAGCGAAGCGCAGCAAGCGGUGUGGGAUCUGCGUGGGAUGCCGCGCCAAGGCGUGCGACCGGUGCAAGUACUGCCUGGACUCGAAGAAGAACAACGGGCCCAACAAGCUCAAGCAGCCGUGCAUCAAGCGCCGCUGCCGCAACCUCCCCGGCGACGCCAUCGACUGGGCGGACGCCCUCUUGCCCGAUCCGAGAGCCAACGGCGGCGGUGGCGGCGGGGAGCUGGAGUGCGAAUACUGCUUCAAGAUGGAGAAGGAGCUGUGCAGUCCGAUGGUGGUGGACUUGAGCCCGGAGGAAGCGGAAACGUUCCUCAAGCAGCAGGAGGCGGAGCAAAACGGGGACGGGAGCGGUGCGGAGGGCGCUAACCCCCACAGGAAGGUCAGAUUUCCAAGAUUCAGCAGGGCAAGGCCAGGCGAAGGCGGGGGCGGAGGCGUGGGGAGGUCGCCCCGGGCAUCGGGGCCCGUGGUCCACGAAGUCUGUGCGCAGAGCAUGUUCAAGGCUCGAGCGGAGCGGGCGCAGCACAAGCUCAGGGGCCUCCGCGAACAAGCGGUAGAGGAGGCCAUCCGCCUCGGGGGUUACCAGACCCUCCCGCUAGGCCGCGACCGGCACGGGCGGUUCUACUACCGCUUCCCCGGAGACUCGAGAAGAGUCUUCGUCAGCCACCCCGUCCGAGAGGGCAAAGGCGACGGCCUGGACAUUGUAGUCUCCGAGGCGACGGGGGCGGACGGCGCCGGCGGGGACGCCAAAGCGGCGGGAGUAGCAGCAGGAGCACAGCCGAGCUGGGGAGCACAGCCGAGCUGGCGGAAGCUUGUCCCUUCCCCCGGGGGGCCGGCCCCCGCCGAGGAAGACUUGAUGGUGUACGAGAAUGACGGGGACGUGGAUGCUCUCGUGGCCUGGCUCAACGAGUCCGGCCAGCGCGAGGGGCCGCUGCGCGCGGCGCUUCUGCGGGCCUUUCCCCCGGCGUCGCCGCCGCCGUCCCCGCCGGAAGCGGCGGCUGCGCUAGAGAAAACCGAUGAUGGGGACGGCUUGAAACCGUUGGCGUCGGCGGCGAUGGUGGCGGACGGCGAAGGGGAUGGUGGGGGGGAUAACAGCGCGGCGGCGGAAAAAGCGGCGGCGGCGGCGGCGGCGAGGAGCAGCUCGCGGCGAGCGGGCGACGCCGCCAGCGACCGGGGCGUGCUGGCGCGGCCGAGCAGGAACCAGGAGCUGCCGCGGCUGCUGGCGGAGGGAGGGGUGGAGCUCCGCGUGGCCGUGAACCCGCCGGGGGCGAGCAACAACGUGCUGGUGCCGGAAACGGAGGUGGUGGUGGAGUUCGACAACGACGGCGAAGCGGUCGAGGAGGAUGCUCGUAACGGCGGAGGGGGCUCCGUGUCGUGGUCCAAGAAGUACCACGCCGUCCGCCUCCACGACGCCUCCACCGGGGAGGUGCUUGUCCCGAGCCAGAGGCAGGGCAUCAGCGUCGUCUACGAGAUCUGGCGCGGCCAGCAGCUGGUCGAGUUCACGCCGUGCGACGUCCCGUUCGACAAGAACGGCGUAUACUUCUUCACCGCACCCAAGUUCCACCGCACGGGCAGGUUCCGCCUCGUGUUCCACGUGGUGCCGGCGCAGUUCUACGCCGCCCCGCAGCCCGGGGACGAAGGGGCGGCCACCGCGGAGAAGAAGAAGGGCUUCAACAUCAAGCCCCUUGAGUUUCACGUGCAGGUGAGCCCUCGAUUCACCUACACUGGUGCGGUGGCGGCCCUCCACAAGCUAAGAGCGGUGCCGUACCUGAAGCAGCGUCACCGGGAGGAGUCGGAAGCUGUCGAGGUGGAUCUUGACCUGCGAUUCGACUGCGACGAGGGGCUUCCGGCUGCCACUACGACGUCGGGGUGGACCCCGAGUCUGAGGGAGUGCUGGGUGUCGCACGUGGCGUCGGCAACGAGGAGCCAGGAUCUGAUGGAGGCCCUGCUGCUGCUGGAGUUGUGCCUGGACCAGAAGUGGCUGAAGCCAUGGUACCGCCCCGCGCAGCAGAAGAUGCAAUCGGCGUGGCACCUGCUGAGGCUAUCCACCCCGGCAGCCGUUGCUCUCCGCCUGUUUGCACUCGACCGAGCCAUUCUUUAUGACAAGGUGGCAACGAGGGCGCAACGAGGCUCCCGCCUCCGCAACGGCAUCCAGCUCCGAGGACGCUCCUCGGCAAGCUCCCGUGGCGGCGGCGACACAAAGGCCGCCCGCGCCGUCGGGAGGAGCUCUCGAACAUCCCUCCGGGCCGCUGGCAUGACGCCUUCCAAGCCGCGCGGCCGCCAGUCGCGAACUAGCCGUGCGGCAGAGGGGAGAGGGGACGACGGGCGGAGUCGGAAGCCUCCUCGGCGUGGGCGGCCGGCGAAGAAGACAUCAGGCGGGGGUAGCAGAGAUUUGUCCCCGGGUUCGUGGGAAGAGGAUGAUGAUGAUGAUGAGGAGGAGGAGGAGGAGGAAGAGGAGGAGGACGAGGAGGCAGCGGGGCGUGAUCGGCGGAAUCAGAACCGCAUCUCGCAGCAGCAGGAGGAAGCGGGCGAGGAGAUCCAGAAGCGGCGGCGGGGCGCUUCGGCGGCCGACAACCGGCGAUCGAAAUCGAGCGGCGGCAACAAACGGCUCAAGACGGCGGCGGCGGCAGCGGCGGCGGCAGCGGCAGCGGCAGCGGCGUCCGCCGAGAGCGUCGACGGCGUCGACGACGACGCCUUGGCCCCGACCACUUGGUCGUGCCCCAUCUGCACCGUCGACAACGACCUGGCCGACGACAAGUGCGUCGUGUGCUCGCAGCGCCGACCUGCGGCAGCCCUCCCCCGGGGGAGCCGUAAGCGACGGCGGCAACAACCGGUGGACGACGACGGUGGCGUCGCCGGCGCCGGCGGCAGCCGCGGCCGCGCAAGCGGCGAAGAGUCCGAUGCAGGCGGCGGCGGCGGCGGCGGCGGCGGCGGCGGCGGCGGUGGUGGCGGCGGCGCACCCUUGUCUUCUGGCGGGCGAGAUAGGCAGCGGCGGGGGGUCGCCCGCGUCAACUACGCCGAGGACAACGACGUCGAUAGCGACGAAGACGCAGCGUCGGCGGGGGGCGGCGGGCAAGGCGGCGGGCGCGGGGCGAAGAAGAGCAAGGUGGUGCGGUCGGGCCGGAACGCUCCCGUCCCGCUCAAGGAUGAGCUGCGGCGGGGCGUGGCGGAGGAGGAGGUGCUGCCGGGCGACGUGCGCGAGUUCCGGAGGGUGGUGCGGUCCGCGGUGAAGGGGUUCUCGAAGGAGGCGUUUACCUUGCACUUCCGGGACGCCGUGGACCUCGUGGCCUACCCGCAGUACACGGACAUCGUGAAGGAGCCCAUGGACCUGGCCAGGAUUCUCUUCAAGCUCCGCCAGGGAGAGUACGACUCUCAAGAGGGCCGCAAGUUGCUUCUGCGAGACAUCAACCUCAUCCCCGAGAACUGCGAGACCUUCAACGGCAAGGGUGUACAGAUAUCGCAGAACGCGCACCAACUGGCGCGCGACUUGAUAGACCGCCUGGACGACCACGGGCAUCUCUUCCCCGAAGGGCGGUAG